CGGUUAAGAACAUCUCUUGCUCAGAACGACAUUGGCUCAGGGGUGCACGAGUUAGCCCUCCCGCUCAGGCCGGUUCAUCUCCUCCUCUGUUUCUUAAAACCUUUCCCUUCUCUCGGACUAUCUCCUCUUUGCUCUUCCUUGGCGGCGACGACUGGGCGAGCGGCGGCGCCAUUUGUCCUGUCUUCGCCCAGCCCUUUGCCGGCGACGAGCGCAUCCUCCAGAAUUUUCGGGUGUACAUCGUGUACACCCAUGUCCUAUGCUGUGUCCGCCCCUGCUCUCGGUGAUGUCAAUUAUGCUUGUCAGACAUUUAGGGAAGUAAUACCUUUGGUGCUGCAUAAGUUAGUUAAUUAAUUUGGCUGCAGAAUGCCGAGUGCACGGAUUUACUGUUAUAUUUUUUCCUGUUCACAAUGGGCAAGAUAAAAUCAAAAGCAUGUUUUUCCUUUUCUCCCCGUACAAAAAGAAGAAUAGGAUCUACUGAACUGUGUGACAUAUUGUAAGUUUGUAAUGAAUUUCUUUGUCAGAUAUGGCUCCAUGCCUACACCAUUUAUCACAGAUGAAGGGAAUUGAUCAAUUGAAUCCACAGUAAACUUUCUGGUACCAUGCUACCAUAUGUUUUGGGUGCUGUAUUCUACAGCCCCUUUUACUAUUUGCUACUCCACUAUCUAAAAAAGUUUGGCUACUUGAAUCACUGCUUGCAGUAUUGUUAUAUUCUAAUCCAACAGCUAGUCAUUUCUGCUUCCCUGCAAGGUUUAUUUGCUUUCUUGGUAGGUGUGAAAGUCCUCCUCUGCAAGUCAUUGUGCAGUGUUGAAUUCUUGUUUGUUAAUAUCUUACUGCUUCUUCUUGGGAGAUUAUGUUCUCUCUGGUCUGCACUAGAACCGUCAAUGCUAUUUUAUAUUGUGAAAUAAGCAAAGCUACACAUCUAGAUUCUGCAACUAUGUAAUACUGCAUCAGAUUGUAACUGGAAACUGCACAACAAAUAUAACCAGAAAUACAGGACCUAAUGGUAGGAAUGACUUGAUGUGCCUUCAACUCUUCAUAAUUGUUGGUUACUAUAUCCUUAUUCCUUAGCUCAGCAGAACUUACCUGGUGGGCUGGUGCUGAUGUCUAAUGAGUAUAUAUUCAUCCAGAUUGCUUUAUCUGCAGGACCACAAUGCCUGCUGGUGAUAACCCACACUCAAUCUCAGAGAAAAAAGCAGCAUUGCGGGAGUCUCCAAAACAGAGUAAGAUUGUUGUUAACGAGCAACCCAGGACUUCCUUUUCUAAAGACAAAGUUGCUGCUACAGUUAGCCUCAAGAGACCACAACCUUAUGGCCCCCUAAGUCCCACCAACCACCACACGCUGGGCAAUCCAGGGGCAAAUGGCCAUCUUGUCUAUGUGCGCAGGAGGCCUGACACUGAUCAAAGCAAAGGAGGCACUUCUGCUCGUGCUGAAAGUGUCAGUUCUUUGAGCACAAAGAAACCUAUUGCAGGUGGAUUGCAGUCACAGGAACAAAGUCUGAAGCAUCAGGACAAUGUACCUCACACCCAGUUCGCUCCUCUAUUUUCAUCUCCUGCUGCAGUUACUGCCUCCCCUGUUUUGCAAUCCACAGUUUUGCCGUCUCGAUGUUCUUUUGAGAAGCAAUCUCCUGGGAAGGCUGCUGUUCGGCCAACUAAUGAUGUGAUUACUAGUUUGCCACCAAGCAAUGUGGCAUCAUCUGAUCCAGUGAUUCAAAGUGCUGCAGCAGCUAAUUUGGCGACUAGCAGUGUUUUGGCUACUAGUGUAGCAGCUACCCUAGCACCUGAUCGAGCUGAUCAACCGAGAUCAAGCAAUAAAGAUUGGAGUGAUAGAUUUAUUCAGCUGCAGGCAUUCUUGAGGAAUAAUGAACAAUCAGGCAAGGAAGAAUAUAUCCGCAAUAAGCAAUCUCCAGGAAAGAUUGCUGCUCAGCCAACUAAUGAUGUGAAUACUAGUCCGCCACCUUGCAAUUUGAUGUUCUCUACUCCAGUGCUUCAAAGCUCUGUGGCUGCUAAUUUAGCACCUAGCGGUAUUUCAGCUACUAACACAGCAUCCCAAGCUGCUAUAUCUGCUGCUAAUUUAGUAUCUAGCGGCGUUUCACCUACUCAUACAGCAUCUAAUGAUGCUAUGUCUGCUACAACUCAAGCACCUAAUAGAGCUCAUCCACCAAGAUCAAGCAAUCAAGAUCGAAGUGAUAGAUUUCUUCGGCUGCAAGCAUUCUUGAGAAAUAAUGAGCAAUCGGGGCAGGAAGAAUAUAUCCGCAUGCUUCGGUCUUUGUCAUCUGUUGGACGAAGUAAGCAUGCCAUUGAACUGGAGAAACGGGCAGCCAAUCUAUUGAUCGAGGAAGGGAAGGAGCUGCAGAAGAUGAAAGUUCUGAAUGUACUGGGCAAGCUUUCGCCCACUGAUGCUCCACAAUUUCCAGCUCAGCCCGCUACUGUCAAGCAUCUGCCGUUCCCAGCUCGCCGAUGAAGGGAGUGGGAGAUUUGCUUAUGUUGCCACAUAAUAGGCAUUCAGUGAUUUCUGAACUCUUGCCACAUGAAUGCUGUGUUAUGGUCAUAAUUGCCGUGUUGUCUGUGAGAACAAGCCUUGUAUAUCCAUCCGGAUGAGUUAGAGUAGACUGACUGACGUGCCCUCAUGGUGUAAGAAUUAUCAUGGUGGUAUCUUACUCACUAUUAGUUGCGCCAUUGUUGAAAAUCCGAUUCAACAAUGAACUCUGAGAUGGUUGCUUCAUGCAGUUUCUUCUCUGCACAAUUCGGCACCCUUCUGUGCAAGCUUUCA